GCCGCGGCGCCCAGCAGCCGCCCGCCGCCGGCAUGGACCCGCCGAGUGCGCGCCAGCAGGUCUCUUCUGCAGAGGUACGCAUCGGGCCCAUGAGACUGACGCAGGAUCCUAUCCAGGUUUUGCUGAUCUUUUCAAAGGAAGACAGUCAGAGUGAUGGAUUCUGGUGGGCCUGUGACAGAGCCGGUUACAGAUGUAAUAUUGCUCGGACUCCGGAGUCAGCCCUGGAAUGCUUUCUAGAUAAACAUCAUGAGAUUAUUGUGAUCGACCACAGACAUACUCGAAACUUUGAUGCAGAAGCAGUGUGCAGGUCGAUCCGGGCCACGAAUCCCUCGGAGCACACGGUGAUUCUUGCGGUGGUUUCACAAGCAUCCGGCGACUAUGAAGAGGCCUCGGUCCUUCCUCUUCUGCAUGCAGGCUUCAACCGGAGAUUUAUGGAGAAUAGCAGCAUAAUUGCUUGCUAUAAUGAACUGAUUCAAAUAGAACAUGGAGAAGUUCGCUCACAGUUCAAGUUAAGGGCCUGUAAUUCAGUGUUUACAGCAUUAGACCACUGUCAUGAAGCCAUAGAAAUCACAAGCGAUGACCACGUGAUUCAGUAUGUCAACCCAGCCUUCGAAAGGAUGAUGGGCUACCACAAAGGUGAGCUCCUGGGGAAAGAACUUGCCGAGCUGCCCAAAAGUGACAAGAACCGGGCGGACCUUCUCGACACCAUCAACACCUGCAUCAAGAAGGGCAAGGAGUGGCAGGGGGUUUACUAUGCCAGACGGAAAUCCGGUGACAGCAUCCAACAGCAUGUGAAGAUCACUCCAGUGAUUGGCCAAGGAGGGAAAAUUAGGCAUUUUGUCUCCCUCAAGAAACUGUGUUGUACCACUGACAAAAAUAAGCAGAUUCACAAGGUUCAUCGUGACUCAGGAGAUAAUUCUCAAACAGAGUCUCAUUCAUUCAGAUACAAGAACAGGAGGAAAGAGUCCAUUGAUGUGAAAUCAAUAUCAUCUCGAGGCAGUGAUGCACCAAGCCUACAGAAUCGUCGCUAUCCAUCCAUGGCAAGGAUCCAUUCCAUGACCAUCGAGGCUCCCAUCACAAAGGUUAUAAAUAUAAUCAAUGCAGCCCAAGAAAACAGUCCUGUCACAGUAGCAGAAGCCUUGGACAGAGUUUUAGAAAUUUUACGGACCACAGAACUGUACUCCCCUCAGCUGGGUACCAAAGAUGAAGAUCCCCACACCAGUGAUCUCGUGGGAGGCCUGAUGACUGAUGGCUUGAGAAGGUUGUCAGGAAACGAGUAUGUGUUCACUAAGAAUGUGCCCCAGAGUCACAGUCACCUUGGGAUGCCAGUAACCAUCAACGAUGUCCCCCCUUCUAUCGCUCAAUUACUUGAUAAUGAGGAAAGCUGGGAGUUCAACAUCUUUGAAUUGGAAGCUGUGACACACAAAAGGCCAUUGGUUUACCUGGGCUUAAAAGUCUUUUCCCGGUUUGGAGUAUGUGAAUUUUUACACUGUUCUGAAACUACCCUUCGGGCCUGGCUCCAAGUGAUUGAAUCCAACUACCACUCCUCCAAUGCUUACCACAACUCCACUCAUGCCGCUGAUGUCCUGCACGCCACUGCCUUCUUCCUUGGAAAAGAAAGAGUGAAGGGAAGCCUCGAUCAGCUAGAUGAGGUGGCUGCCCUGAUUGCUGCCACAGUCCAUGACGUGGAUCACCCAGGAAGGACCAACUCUUUCCUGUGCAACGCAGGCAGUGAACUCGCCGUGCUCUAUAAUGACACUGCUGUCUUGGAGAGUCACCACACAGCCCUGGCCUUCCAGCUCACGGUCAAGGACAGCAAAUGCAACAUUUUCAAGAAUAUUGACAGGAACCAUUAUCGAACACUGCGCCAGGCUAUUAUUGAUAUGGUUUUAGCAACAGAGAUGACAAAACACUUUGAACAUGUGAACAAAUUUGUGAACAGCAUCAACAAGCCAAUGGCAGCUGAGAUUGAAGGCAGUGACUGUGAAUGCAACCCUAUUGGGAAGAACUUUCCUGAAAAUCAAAUUCUGAUUAAGCGCAUGAUGAUUAAGUGUGCUGACGUGGCCAAUCCAUGCCGCCCCCUGGACCUAUGUAUCGAAUGGGCCGGAAGGAUCUCCGAGGAGUACUUUGCACAGACUGAUGAAGAGAAGAGACAGGGGCUACCUGUAGUGAUGCCAGUGUUUGACCGGAAUACCUGUAGCAUCCCCAAGUCCCAGAUCUCCUUUAUUGACUACUUCAUAACAGACAUGUUUGAUGCUUGGGAUGCCUUUGCACACCUGCCAACCCUGAUGCAACAUUUGGCCGAUAACUACAAACACUGGAAGACGUUAGAUGACCUAAAGUGCAAAAGUCUGAGGCUUCCAUCUGACAGCUAAAGCCAAGACAGAGAAGGUGACCUCUUGAUCUACAAAGGGCACUGUGAAUCACAGUAGUGUAAACAAGAGGCUUUCCUUCAUAAUGAAAAUGACAGGUGUAGGUUAAGGAGCUAAUGUUUAAUAUCUGACUUUGAAUCAUUCAACGUCCCAAAUUUCAUUUUUAGAAAAUUAUGUUCCAUGAAGAAAAAUAUAUGUUCUUUUGAACAAUCACUUAGUGACAGAACAAACACAUGGCAAAAUCCUUUGCCCUGCUGUCAUCCUGUCUGCCCUCAUCAAACCCUGCAGCUGAUUCACUGUAACUAGCAGGAGACAUGCAGCAAAGACUUGGUGCCCACGAGCCCACCAUCUCUGUGGAUGAUGGACCAUGUAGCUUAGCUAGUGGUUUAGCUCAUCUUUUACCAUGAAAGUCACCAUCACUGUUUAGCUUGACUAUUUUCCUCAAGAGCAUCAAUCUAAAAGGUUCAUAAGAAUAAGGGAAAAAACCCAUAUAAAGUGAGCAAAACAACUAGGACCAAACUGCUGAUAAACUAGUUAGCUUCAGAGCCUCCAUGGCUAGGUGGUUCUGAUCAACGGUGUAACAACACCCAAGUUAGAACACAGUCUGUCUUGGCCUGGUUGAGUGCCUUCUCUAGACUGGUAUCAGCAGCCUGUGUAGUCCUCUCUCCUACAAAAGGGAUUCAUCUUAACAGAAAGCCAACCAUGAUGGGGAAGGAAGUGACAUCUUGUCUGGGGGGGAAUCCAAGAGCUUUUCCCCUUUAUUAUUUCUGGUUUACAGAGGCAGUUACAAGGCACUAUAGUAGGUAUUAUAUACAAGCCAUUAAUCUGA